AUGAAAUAAAAUAAUAAUACUUUAUAUUCAUAAACAAGUAUUGAUAGAUUAAAAAAGGACAUAAACAAAACUUUUGCUACAUAAACAACUAAAUCUGAAUAGAGCAUCAAAUUAGAUCAGUACAAAAAAAGAAUAAUGAAUGUUCUAUCUUAAAUGGAUGAUAAAACUUAAUAGGUUUAAUUAUAGUAAUCAUAAUCAGAAAUAUCAACAUAAUUACUUUUAUCAGCUAAAAAUGCCAUAAUUGAAAAUAUCAAAGUACUUCAACCAUCAGAUAAGAAUUUGAAAAAUAUUGAAAAAAAUCUUGAUAAGUUGUUUACUAUACAAGAAGAAUUACAAGUGCAUCCUUAGAAUAAAGAGAUAAAAUAACUAUUAUGGAAAAUAGAAACGAAAAUAACACAAUAAACUAAUUUAAGUAAAUCAAUAAAUGAUGAUAAAAAAUGUUAAAUAUGUUUUGAAAAAGAUAAAGAAUAUGUAGCUAUACCAUGCGGUCAUUAUAUUUAUUGUAAAGAAUGUAAAGAGCUAAUUAAAAAGGAUUGUUUGAUUUGUAGAAAUCCUAUAACAUCUGUAAUGAAAAUAUACUAAUGA